AUGUCCUCUGAGAAGGAAGGCCCGCCUGAAAAGCGCACGAGGCUAGACAUGUCUCCUUCUCGUUCUCCCAGCGUAGUCGAAAUCAGUCUAUCGGAAGGUACAAAGAAGGAGCCUGUGGAUGUGGAGGAUGUAGAAACGGAAGAGGAACACUGUAGCAUCUGUCUUCAGCCGAUUGCAGACCGCACAGUUGUUCCUACAUGCUCGCAUGAGUUUUGCUUCGAAUGUCUUCUCAUCUGGACCGAGCAAUCGCGCCGCUGUCCGCUCUGCUCGCAGGCCAUUGGGGACUACCUGAUACACAACAUACGCUCAAAAUACGACUAUCAAAAGCACUACCUCGCUCCUCUUCGUGCAUCGCCACGCCUGUCGGGUAUAGCAGGGGCCGCUCGGCAGGACGCCAGGCGUCGUGCGCAGAGUCGGCGGGAGCGAGAGUGGACCAGGAGACAGCGCAGAGUGCAGGAGGAGGCAGACGAGUUAGAGACCGCUAUCGAGAAGCGGAGAUGGGUCUAUCGGCACCAUCUAUAUGCCAAACAUGUAGCAUCCAAUCCCUACACUCGCUAUAAACCGUUUCCGACACCGGCACAAUUCGCCGCAUCUUCUGAGCUCGUGAGCCGUGCUACCGUCUUCUUGAGGCGAGAGCUCAGGGUAUGGGUGGGGCUGGAUGUGGAGUUCCUUACCACAUUCACGCUAUCUCUCAUGAAAUCGCUGGACAUCCGCUCCGAGCCCGCCGUGAGGCUCCUUGCCGAAUUUCUGGAUAUGGAUAGCGGUGGUGAGCGCGUGAACGCGGAGCAUUUUGCGCAUGAAUUGUAUAGUUAUCUCCGUUCUCCGUACCGGGAUUUAGCCAUUUAUGACACGGUUGUUCAGGUAGGUCGUCGCGUUCGUUUUUGCGGCUGA